AUGUCUUCUAAAGACAAAGAUACAGUUACUUUCGAGGAAUACCUGGAAAGACAAAAGAGCUUAGAGGAAGAGGCAGCGGAAGUUUUGCCGUGGAACUUUGAUAGUUGCACCCAUAACAAAGGUUAUUUGCGUCAGGCUGUGUAUGCUUGCAAAACGUGUAAGCCAAAGUCUGGCUAUGGACCAGGAGGAGUGUGCUACUCUUGCUCCAUUGCUUGUCACGCAGAUCACGAACUUGUUGAGUUGUUCAACAAGCGAAAUUUUAAGUGUGAUUGCGGAACAACACGUUUUGGAGAAAGCAAGUGUCAGUUAGAACAGAAACCACAAGACGCGUUAAAUGAAUUAAAUUCUUAUAAUCAUAAUUAUGAAGGACUAUUUUGUUGGUGCAAAGUCGAUUAUGAUCCUGAAAAGGAAGAAGCCAAUAUGCACCAAUGCGUUAUUUGUGAAGAUUGGUUCCACGAAGAUUGCAUUAACGGAGAAAGACACGGAGAGAAAUUAUUUUCGAUACCAGAUUUAGAUACUUUUGAUGAAUAUAUCUGUCGGGAAUGUACUAAGAAGUAUACUUUCCUAAAGACUUACAAAAAUUCACAUCAAUUUUUCUCUGGACAAACAAAAAUGAAAGUUUGUGAUAAGUCAAUGGAUAAUGACAAUUCUGAUUGUGGAGAAAAAAAGACUAAUUUUCAAGUUUCCCAAAGUGUUCAAUCAUCAAUAAACGAAUCUUCCAUUUCUACAAAUAAAAGAAAAAUGGAAAACGAUCAAGAGAUAGGAAAUGGAAUUCAUUCAAAUAAGAAGACAAGAAGUGAUGUGCAAUGUAAGCUUGAACAAUGGGAAGUAAUAGAUGAUGAAAUUAAAGUUGACUUAUUUUGCGUGCCAGGUUGGCGUGAUGAACUCUGUCGUUGCACUAAGUGCUUGAAUCUUUAUAAACAAUACAAAAUUGAAUUUCUCUUACAAGAAGAGGAAACCUAUGAACCUCCACAAGAUGAUAACGCACGAACAUCCCUUUUUGACAGUGGAAUGAAAUUAUUAACACAAAUGGAUAGAAUUACUGCAAUUGAAGGAGCAAUUGCGUACACCAAAUUGAGGGACGAACUAGUGGAAUUUUUAAAGCCAUUUGGUGAAUCAGGAAAGACGGUUACGGAGCAAGACAUACGAACCUUCUUUGAGGCAAGCAUCUUAUUUAAUUCAAUAAAUCUGUUUAAUAAUCAUAUUAAUAUUGACUUUAACGAUUUUACAACUUAG